GACGCAGUUCAGUUCCGUCGUAACGAUAGAUAAAACCCAACGGAUGGAAAAAAAUGGGGAGAUAUUGCGAAAAUAAGAGAUUAUAAAAGUAAUGAUGGAAAAGAGCCCGAAGCAAUGACUGACCCCCUGGUGAUGCCCGUCUUAUCAGAGUCAGUACGUGCCAAGAGUCUGUUGAGGUCGAAAUUGGAAAAGUCGAAUCUCCCAUUCAUCAAGAGCAGGAUGCCGAACAUAAAGGUUUUCAGCGGGACGAGCCACCCGGAGCUGGCCCAGAGGAUCGUCGACAGGCUUGGCAUCGACCUGGGGAAGGUUGUCACGAAAAAGUUCUCCAAUUUGGAAACAUGUGUUGAAAUUGGUGAAUCAGUAAGAGGUGAGGAUGUGUAUAUUGUGCAGAGCGGGAGCGGUGAGGUAAACGAUAACCUCAUGGAACUUCUAAUUAUGAUCAACGCUUGUAAAAUAGCUUCUGCCUCUCGUGUAACUGCAGUCAUACCUUGUUUCCCUUAUGCCAGGCAAGAUAAGAAGGACAAGGCAGGUAGCGAAACUAAGCCAGGAUCAACAGGAGGUCCACCUUUUAAAAACUACGAAUGGAAAUUCAGGAGUCGGGCGCCGAUCUCUGCAAAGCUUGUUGCAAACAUGCUCUCUGUCGCCGGGGCCGACCACAUCAUCACGAUGGACCUUCACGCCUCACAGAUCCAAGGUUUCUUUGACAUUCCUGUCGACAAUCUUUAUGCCGAGCCAGCAGUCCUUAAGUGGAUCAAGGAAAACAUUCCAGAAUGGAGGAAUAGCAUUAUCGUCUCCCCUGAUGCUGGUGGUGCCAAAAGAGUGACAUCCAUCGCAGACAGGCUAAAUGUAGAAUUUGCCCUGAUCCACAAGGAAAGGAAAAAGGCAAACGAAGUGGCUUCGAUGGUCCUUGUAGGAGAUGUGAAGGACAGGGUUGCUAUACUUGUUGAUGACAUGGCAGACACAUGCGGCACAAUCUGUCAUGCUGCUGAAAAGUUGAUGGACGCCGGAGCUACUAAAGUGUAUGCUAUACUCACUCACGGAAUAUUCUCCGGUCCUGCUAUAUCAAGAAUAAACACUGCCUGCUUCGAAGCAGUCGUUGUUACAAACACAAUACCACAGGAGGAACACAUGAAGGAUUGUCCUAAAGUUAGGUGUAUAGACGUUUCAAUGAUGUUUGCGGAAGCCGUCCGACGUACACACAACGGAGAAUCUGUAUCUUAUCUGUUUUCCAACGUACCAUAUUGAGCGUUCCGUACUAUAAUGAGAUGUACUAUAUUUGGACUAAAUUAAUCAUUAUUUUUUAUGUCAGAUGGCCUUAAACUCUUACUUCAAUUGGUUGAGUAAUCAGAGUAAAAGUAGUAAUAUAGUUCUUUUUCAUAUUAUUGAUGGUUUUGACUCCUUUAAAUUUUUUUUUGCCAGGGGAAAGUCUUGGUAAAUUUUUUUUGUGAUUCGUUCCUCUUUUUUUGUAGUUUAAGAUUUAUAUUUUACAUCUACUUCCUUUUUCUUAGAGCGUUUUUUUAAAUUAAACACUAGGUAUAGUUUAGUUGAGAAAGGUUUUUAAAGAAAAUUAUGAAAUUAUAAAGAAAUAUUUAUGAAAUUGUGUAAAAUAUUAGCGUGCUGAGCACCUGAUUUAAGAAUAAAAUAUUUUUAAUGAUGUAGAUAGCACAACAAUGUAGGCAGUUUUUUGUUAUUUCUCUACAAGACAUUUCUGUGUUUUGUACUGAGAAAAUAUCUUUGUUUUCCUUUAAAUACUUAAAAUUGAGUUUAACACUUGUUAUUAAGCAUAUAUCAAUGGUUAGGCGUAAAGCUUUAACUUAAGAAUUUAAAAAAAAAAAUCGUAAAACUCAUGAAGUGAGUAAAAUUGAUUUGUACAAUAAAACCAAUAUUUGAAUUGCAAAGUUGGACAUGAUUUAAGGAAAUAUUGACAUUUUUAUUGUUCAAAAAUUUAAAGAUGUAUGAAUUUAUGUUGUAUGCAUGUUUUUGUGAAAAAGAGGCUGGAGCUGAAAAUUUAUGCUUGUGUUAUACUUACCUCUGUAAGUACUCCAUACAUCAAGUUACCUCAAACAUUCACAUUGCUCUGCUUAUAAAAAUGAAUUAAAAGGACAAUACAUUUGAAAUAAAUUAAAGAACAAAAAAUUACACUGCAACACUAUGACAAUGAAAUAGUAAAAACAUUUGUAUCUUUUUAUUUGCAGUUGUAAAAAUGUCUGAAAAAUGAGACAAUUUUCAUUUUGAAAAAGAAAAAUUACUUGGAUAUUUGUUGGAAUACAGAAAUAUUUUUAAGAAAGGACAA